UUGACACACCGCUGUCUGCGGGAGGGAGAAGCGCUCCGGACUCGGAAGCGACUUCGUGGUGGGGAAAGGUUAGUUAACCUGACCCGACUCGCUGGAGCGGCAACGGAAAAAAACAUUGCGCGAUGCCGCGCACGAUUGCAACAGGCACGGCUGGGACUCUCUUUGUUGCGGACGGCAGUCGCUACAGCCAGGACCUCUCCCUCACAAUGACUACCAUAAAGCCCAAGGAUACCUGGAUUUGUUGAGUAUGACAAGAGAUGCGAUAGGUCCCUGUGGCUUGAACAUUUAACCCGUACGCAGCAAGAGUGCUGCCGAACAAAAGUGGAAGAACAGUUGGAAAUACGCUGGUGUGAAUUUUUUGGCGACAUUCAAACAAAAUGUAAUUACUUCCAUCACACGAUCGGGAAAGCAAAAGUUCCGUUCGACUCAAGCUGCGUGGCCUUGGCCUGUUUCCUGGACAGCCUCAAGGGCGAUGGGUAAAGAAGCAAACGCUGGCUCGAGAACGGCGUCAGUUCAAGCAUGCCCUCUGACCUCGUGUUUUUCUCCGGCGCGGAGAACGAGACGAUGUCGCUGGGAGCCGUCUCCGUCGAAGACGUCGUGCUCGGUCCGCGAUACGCCAGUACGCUUCGAAUCAGCCUUAUCGGCGUCAUGCUGGUCCUGUCGCUCGUGGGUAACCUCUUGGUCUGCUACAGGCUCCUCACGUCACGGCGCCACCGGCUGCUCAAGGCGCAGGUGCUCUUCCUGAAUCUUGCCCUGGCCGACCUACUCGUCACGCUGAUCACCAUGAACUCGCAGCUAUUGUGGGAAAUUAUGGGUCGCGUGUGGAUCGCCGGCGACGCCCCCUGCCGUGUGUUCAAGGUGCUGCAGACGUACGCGCUCGUCUCGUCCACGUACAUGUUGGUAGGCAUCGCUGUGGACCGCCAUUUUGCCAUCUGCAACCCUCUGGCUCCGGCGCCCAAGCCGCGCUCGGUGGCGGCGGCCUGCUGGCUGCUGUCUCUCGUUCCGUCCGUGCCUAACCUGUUCGUGUUUCGGCUCGUCAUGGUCCGCGACAAGUACUACUGUGCCUCGUUCUUCUACAUCUACCACGACUCGGCUGCGGCCCGACAAGCCUACAUGGCUUUUGUCUUCGCGUUCGUGUUCAUCCUGCCGUUAGUGGCGCUUGUGGCGCUCUACACGAGCAUACUGCUGCGCAUGUGGAAGAUAGGCUCAGCUUCGUCCUCUCCGCGGCCGCCCGAGGCGCUGGUCGGCGGUGCGUUCGACGGCGCCUGCUGCGUUGUAGACGGCGCCAGAAGCACAAUGCCGAAGGCGCGCCUGCGGACGCUCAAAAUGGCUGUGGUGAUAUUCGUAGCGUUUCUGGUGACGAACCUUCCGUACAUGGUGCAGGAGAUGCUGCUGGCGUUCGUGGAAAACGUUCAGCUCGGGCCAAACUUGGUCGCGGUUUUCGGCGUGAUAUCGGCGUUGAACAGCGCCGUCAACCCUUACGUCUAUCUGGCCUUCAACGGCGGUGCGGGAGUCACGUGGUGCGACGCUCACGUGUGCGGUCUUUGGCGCCGACUGACGUGCUCUUCGAUCUCGAAGCGGACGGUCACGGUGACGUACCGUGGUCCGUGGUCGGCGGGGCAGUCUCGCCGUCGACGGCGACCUCUGACGGCAAAAGCGCCACCACCUGCUCCGGAAAUGUGCGAGAGUUGCGAGAGACAGCGACAAAUUGAGGAGAAACACUGAGCGAGACAUGUAGUGCUCGAACGCGGAAUUAUCUCGCUUAGAUGCAGCUGGCAAAUUAUGAGUGUUGCUUCCCUUUACGCGAAAAAGCAGCGCAAUUAGCAAUAUGUACUUUGGUACGCUCGUUCUUAAGCGCCAAAACCAAAACUGCACUUACAGCUCACUAUAGCUUGUUCGGUGAAAGAAAAUUGCGUAAUUCUUGAUCAGUUCGGGCCUAAAAUUGUAUUCUUAGUUGCUGUAACUGAGCCAAUGAAUAUGUGCCCAAGAAGUAGAAUCAGAAAUAUAAUUACCAACACUAAGUAUGACCGUUCUAUUUUCAGAAGCCUGGUAAAGCUUUCUUUGAUUGUACAAACAGCUAUGCCUUGAACUCGGCAUUAACACAAUGCUGCUCGGCAGAAGACAACGUCACAAAUUUUAAACAAACUAGAAACACGCACAGGCCAUCCGCUAGAGAUUUAUUGCAAUCAGUACGUUGCUUCGAGGGCCGAAAGCGCCUGACGCAUACAGUCAGUUACAGCGAAGCCCUUGAGGGGAAGCCCUUGAGGCGAACCAGCUCCCAGUUUUGUCGUGCGUAAUGGAAAACGCCAAGCCUUCCAUAUUCAACACGCAGGUUGCUAAAUAAAGAAAUCAAUGGUAGCUGCCGCUCUGUUAUAUGUAAUAACCCGCGUCUUAUGAAAUAACACUACCUCGACGUCUCAAAAAACAACAUUGCGCUUCUCAAUUUCCCCUUGGCCACAUACACACACACGCACUCACACGCGCGCACACACACACACAAAAAAGAACCUUGGAAGUCAUUACGAGCCAUCUCAGUACUGCAGUUAUCUUGAUCUAUGGCUGCUAUACCACGCUUUUACUCCUGAUAACAGACUGGUCGAAGUCUGUAGAACGUGAGUGUACUUUGGAAGAGCGCCGACGAUAGGCCUGUUGUAAACUCGUGACGGAAACCUAGUGCCUGUCUUAAAGCCAGGGCCUUGAUUGCCGAGGCACAAAACAGCAGUAAACUCUAAACAGUAUUAUACCACUGUACCUAUUUUGAUAGCCUGUUUAUGAGCACACCAUAAAAUGUAAAUCACGGUGGAGUAGGACAAAAAGUAUAGCGCAGCUUGUAUCCUAGGCGCAUUAACAGCAGGAUGAAUUGUUGAGAACCUUCGUUUGGCACUCUUGGCCUCAGAGCCACCAGAGCACCCUAAUGUAGAACGUAGAAUGUUGACUAGGUGUGCUGCAUAUAUUCUUGUAAAAAUCAAUGUGUAAUGGCAUGUUGUAUAUAGAACAGACUAACUACAACACAGGCACACGUCGUAGUUCACAGUUACGUUCAUGGCGUUAAUCCUCAGACCUGUAAAAAAAUAUUUUCGUGCCUGUAUAACUCUGUCUCCUCCAAUUGUAAUUAAGACAUAAAGAGCUAAGCUUCACUUAGGAACCUAAGAGAGAAAGAGAGAGAGAGAGAGAGAGAGAGAGAGAGAGAGAGACGUGAAAGGCUGUGAAACAAAAAUAAGAGUACCUAGAGCUGUUCGAAUACUUCACGCUCUGAGCUCCAGUCGUUUAAUUCUGCUUGGAAUCGAACGACUCAAUCCCUACGAAUAAUUGUUGCAGGCGUCAUGUAAGUUGAACAUAUACCAUGGCCAUAUCAUAUAGCACUAUUUCUUCGAAAGAUACCCAUGCACUAAAUUCACGAAUAAGAACUACCUUCGUACAUGGGUCUUACGGCUAAAACCCUUGCUAGAAUGCACUUUGCAUGAAGGUAACAUUUCUCGUUGCAUGUAGUUUCGUACUACGUUUGAGUGUAUUGCUUCCUGUUUUGUUCAGAAUGUACUUUUCUAGAAACGGAACACUGGCGCCAGCUUGCUCGGUAACGGUGAAGCCGUAUCAAUGCAGCUACGUGAACUUCGCACACACACAGAAAAGAAGUAUAUAGUAUAUCUAUAGUAGGUAUUCUCUUUUGCUUCCAAUCAAAUCAAAUGUAUUUUUCCUAAAAGUGGCUGUGGCUUCAAUAAAGGAACUGAAUCUUUUUUACAUGACGCUACACGGCAGUGCAGGGUACAAAAAGAACGAAAUUAAAACGUGGGCAGAAUUACAUUGACACACAUCGAUGUAUACGGCCAUGCAAGAAAAAGAAAUGCAGAGAAAUACGGAGUACAGAUAUAUUCAACUUGACCGGAGCAAGAUCAUGGGGAAAAAAAAAAAGGAAUGUAUGAGCAUCUUUACAAAGUGUAUCUCUUUACUGUGAUUUUCCCAUGAAAGUUACAGCAACGAAGCCUUUGGGUGUACUGCCAACGUCAUCAUCUGGUAAACGGCCCUCAUGGCAGACAUCAACACCGACGUAAAGGUAAUGUGAGAUGACAUCACCGCCAACCCUUCGUAAAUAUUUUCUCGAAAAUCCCUCUCAUGGAGAUGUCACGCAGUUCAAUCUAUUCAGAUCGAUUACCUGAUGACCCGGGUAUUACUUGCCCGCAGGCUAUAAAAAAAGUUGACUAAUCUGAUUUUUAAUUAUGUACUUCAGGACGCAUGUUCACCUUACGAAAUCUAAACUGAGAAGCAUUGAAGUUGCUUGGCAGGAAUUUUAAGACUUGCUCAACAUGCGAGAUAUCCGUUCUCAACCUCCGCUAAAAUAUAUACUGUCGUUCGAGUAAGCGUCUUCUCGAACUAAUUGAUGUACGCUUUUCGGAAACUCUUAACUACAACGUCAAUGUAGGUCAUUGCACUCUUCCGAUCCGUGCACGCGGAAAGUGGUCGUAGUCAUGUAACUUCGGCUAUGGAAGCAUGACAUCACUGCCGCUCAGUUUUGAUUUCUGAAUUGCAACAUGUGCCUUGAAGAAGAUAAUUAUAAAAAAUAUUAAAUCACUUUAAUUAGCCAGCUGAAUUUUACAAUUUCUUGUGCAGGUAGUUUCUACCUCGUUCUGAAAUGCAUGCAGAACAAGUUUCCCUGUCACAAGCGAUCCUUUAAAAGCAUGGGUUCGAUGUAAAUGGUGAAAAAGAAAAAGAAAUGAAACUGGUGGUACGUAUACCAAUGUAUUCUGUUGUGCCUGUCAAUAUGAAAUGUCACUUGUUUUCAUAUGGAGGCUUUAGCUUUUUGAUCUUUCGCCCAUGUUCACACGGGAAAAAUGAUGCCUUGUUCAUUAUUUAUUGUUACGUGAUAUCUGGGUGACACUUGCUUGUGUGUUUGGAAAAAUAAAUUUAUUUAGUCAUG